CCCAUCCCCCUCACAGCAGAUGACUCCGACGCCGACGCUCCCCCUCAACGGUCUCUUUCCCAUCGCCAAGCCUUCGGGCCCCGGCUCGAUGCGCGUCAUCGAGGCCAUGACGCCGCUCCUCCUCGAGUCCCGCUUGUUCACUGACCCCAACUUGCCGCCUGGUGGGCGCGAGAAGGAGCGUAACAAGCGCAAGCGCAACAAGACGCACAUGGGGCUCAAGAUUGGACAGGGUGGUACUCUGGACCCGCUGGCAGAUGGCGUACUUGUCAUCGGCGUGGGGCGGGGCACCAAGCACCUCAACCGAUUCCUCGAGUGCUCAAAGGAAUACGUCUCGAUUGGUCUCCUCGGCGCCGCAACCACGUCAUAUGACUCGCAAGACCCGGUCAUCUCGACCGGCAACUUUGACAACAUCACCCGUGAGGACGUUGAGAAGGUGCUCGAGCAGUUCCGUGGCAAGAUCAAGCAGACGCCCCCUAUCUUUUCCGCGCUCAAGAUGGACGGCAAGCCGUUGCAUGAGUAUGCGCGCGAGAACAAGCCACUUCCUCGCCCCAUUCCUGUGCGCGAGUGUCAGGUUGAGAUCGACCUGAUCGAUUUCACGCCUGCGCAGGUGACUGAGGGUGAUGGCGGCCACACGUACCGCUGGCCUGAGGCGCGGCUGGACGACGCACAGAAGGAGACGUUCCGCCGUCUCACGAAGAUGGUGCAUGAUGCCAACGAGGCGGCUCAGGAGAAGGCCGUCGAGCCUGAGAUUGACCUCAACGCGCCCGACUUCCCGGAAGUGUCCGCACAGACGGGCCUCCGCCCCGCCACGUUCACCGUCCGCAUGACCGUCAGCUCGGGCACGUACGUGCGUAGUAUCGUCCACGACAUCGGGCUGGCGCUUGGUUGUGGUGCGCAUGUCGUGAAGCUCACUCGCACGAGGCAGGGCGAGUUUGUGCUGAGCGAGGACGACGUCAAGCGCGUCGACGAGCAGGAGGCGCCGGUGGAGGUCAAGGAAGAGAUCAAGGAAGAGGAGAUCGAUCCCGAGGAGGCCGCGAUGAACGCCGAGGAGGAGGAGAUGAACGCGCUCAACGCAGCCGCGGCGUCUGCGCCAUCGUAUGCGGCCGCGGAGAAGAUGACGCACAAGCCCGGGCCAACGACGGCGUGCAUCCCCUGGGCGGUGUUCGAGCGGGCGAUUGCGGAGCGCGAAGCGAGGCGAACGGCGGAACAGAACGAGAUCGACGAGCUCAAGGCGUGCGAGGUGCCGUUCAGCGAGAUCAGAAACAAGCUGCGGGAGCAGAAGGAGAUGCGCGAAUACGGCGAGCUCGCCGAGUGGGAGCAGGCGGUGGUGGAGCGCUUCCACUCGGUGCCCAUCCCCGUCGUGCGCGACUCCAAGAGCCGCGCCGAGGGCGUCUACUUCCGCAAGUAGGCGGGCGGGGGGCGGAGCACCCAGCCCGGUGUUAUUAGAUUAGCCACAUACCACCGAUCUCAUUCGAGACGUUAUGCAAUGCCAUCA